AUGGUAUCAUCACCUCUUCUUAGUCCAUGCCUAAUACCCGAUUCUGUUCAUCCACCAAUUCCCGGCGAAUCACAUCAGUUUUACGGGAAUAGUCAUAUCAAAGAAGUAAAGUUGCCCGAGAAUGCACAUUCUGAUUCAACAAACGAAUCAUACAACGUCUUAGAAUCCAGUAAUCAGGAGUUAAAUAUACAUGAAGCUUCUGCAGCAGGGAAGCUACGUAAAGUACAAGAGUUAUUAGCGCUCCAUGCAGGCGGAGAUACUACCAACUCUUUUUUAUUAGCAAAUGCGGCAAAAACGACCACAGGUUUUACGCCUUUGCAUUAUGCCGCUUCCAGAGGCCAUUUUGAUGUAGUAAAAUGGCUUGUUGACUUUGCAGGUGCUAUUGUGGAUUUGGAGGAUUUCACUGGCGAAACAGCACUUCUGAAAGCUUCGCUCGCAGGUCAUGAUCGGGUGGUUGAGUUUUUGCUUAUGCGCGACGCUAAAGUUGACCGGAAAGACUCUGAUGGAUGGACUGCACUCCAUAAUGCUGCGUCACAAGGUCAUCUUCAGAUUGUGAAGUAUCUCCUUCAACAUACAAAUGCUGCUGUCGAUAUAAGAAGCAACAAAGGACAUACACCCUUGAUGAACGCUGCAUCAAAGGGACAUGUCGACGUUGUAAAAUAUUUAUUGGAACGAAAUGCCAACCCACUUGCUAAGAAUUCACUUGGUGAGACAGCAUACGAUGCUGCUGCUGGAAGUCGAGAACUUCAUAUCUGUGAGAUAUUAGAGCGAGCAGAACGCGAAUGGUGGAAAGGAAAGAGAACACAAUCCGAACCUACUUUACUUGGCGAUCUGUCUGAUAGUUCAGUAACUAACCAGUCAUACGAUGUCGUGGCAAUCCAUAUCACAAUACCAGCCGUUCUUUAUGAGAAUCAGCGCAGUUCAUCCUUUCCCAUUCUUCGUGGCUCACACAAAUUCUCGACCUCAGCACUUCUGAAGAAUGAUUUGUGUGGACCAUGGUCACUUCCAGACGGAAAGCCAAUGUCAAAAGACCAGUUUCCAUUUCCUAGCAGUGGUUCAGGGAAAGAUCGUGGCGAGUGGGUCUGGAUAGGCACAUGGGAGAUCGACAUGUCUCAGUCGCGAAUAGAUGCUGAAGGGUGGCAAUAUGCCAGAAGUUUCGAUGAAACAGAAGAGAUGUGGACAGAGGCUCCUUCAAGUACUACUGGACGUUAUGUCAGAAGGAGAAGAUGGAUUAGGAUUAUGAAGCGUGUUUUGGAUGAACCGACUGACGAAAGCGAUUAUGUCGCUAAGGCCAAAGCUGUUAUCGAUAAAGGAAAGCCCGAGAAUGGGUUAUCAGCAUCAGAUGAACUGGAACGUUUUACGCAGGCAAUAGAAAUUCUCAAGGAUGGAAUCGAAAAAAACCCCGACUCAGCAAGAAACUAUGAAGCAACUGCUUUAAUGGCCUCGUAUCUACAACAAGCCGAACAUCUCAAAACUUUUGACAACCAAGGAAAUGGCGUUAUCCAAACACCACUUAGUCCAAGAGAUAUACCAACAACACCAAGCACCCAGCGGCCAUCAAGUUCGCUAUUUUAUAAAUUAAGAUCACCAGAUAAUACUCUAUCCAACUUCACUAACAUCAAAGCUUCAUCGUCCACAAGUCUCAGUAGUCUCCAGACUAUCGAGAAUGCAUGGUCAACUAAUCCUCAGAGUGAAGACGUCGGGAAUUCAUCGUCCUUAUUUGAGGGUACUUCGGGGCUGGGAUCACCAACAAGGCCUCAGACGGCUUUGAGUACAGCGACUGCCUCCGCUACAGGACUGAAUUUAUCAAGAACGUGGGAGAAUGAUGAGGAUGUAGUUGCGUGCCGAAGAUGCUUUAAAAAGUUUGGGUUUAUAACCCGAAGGCAUCAUUGCAGGAAAUGUGGACAAGUAGUAUGCGAUCGCUGCUCGACAGCUCGCGUCCCGCUUCCUCCAAACCAAGUCCUCCGGGACCCAUCAGAAGUUACAGAUACGAGUACAUCCCCGUUCUACCGUGUUUGCGAUUCCUGUUAUCGCACAUUCGAUUUACACAAUCGACAACGAUCUGGUAGCACAGCAGCAUCCAUAAACUCCACCAGUUCAAUGUCCCGGCAACGACGACGCGACAGUUCCAGUUCGAUAUUGACCGAAUGUCCUGUCUGUGGUGUUCAGAUGAAAGACAUUCCGGGUGGAAAAGCCGCUGAAGAGGAACAUGUUAAGAACUGUCUAGAGAACAAGAAUGGAAACAACAUUAGCGGGUAUAAAUAUGUGGGUGAGCAAACCGUUUUUGGUAAUUAA